AUGUCCGCCUCGACAUCUGCUCCUGCUCCGAGCAUCGCAGCCUCUCCCAAAUUCCCAGGGGUGCCGUUGCUAUCUCAGUUGCCGGAACUGCCAAGCUUGGAAGGUGCAGACCCUCUGCGUAACCCCAUCGAUGCUUUCAGAUUGGCCAUCGCUCAUCAACUCGCUGGCAUACUCAACCUCGACCUGCAAAAAGUCUAUGAUGGGGUGCAGGUCCACACAAAAGGAGCGGACUUUAUCGCGACGCUUCCUAGAUUUCGACUGCCUGGCAAACCCAUGGAAUGGGCCGAAAAGGUGGAAAAGGAGGUGAGUUGGCCGACAUGAUUGUAAUGUUUGAUUUUUCAUUGACCCCGCCCACCUCUCAUUGGCCGCUCCAGUUCAAACCAGACGCAUACAUUGAGACCGCAAAAGCUCAAAAGGGCGGCUUCGUCUGGUUCACAGCCGUGACCAACACCCUGUCGCAGUUGACGUUGUCUACCAUCAACGCGCUUUCUCGAGGCGAAUACGCGGGCAGCAAAGAAGGCGGCUCUUAUGGAACCAAUGUUAGCGGAGUCGGCAAAGACUUGAUCGUAGAGUUUUCAUCGCCCAACAUUGCCAAGCCUUUCCACGCUGGACACCUCCGAUCAACCAUCAUUGGCGCUUUCUUGGCCAACUUGUACGAGGCUAAUGGCUGGUAUGUCGAGCGAUGGAAUUAUCUUGGUGAUUGGGGCAAGCAAUUUGGUGAGUGGAGGCGUGCAUGACUUGGGCCAACUACAGAGCGACGGCUGACGUGUGGUGGCAUUGCGCCCAGGCCUUCUCGCUGUUGCCUGGGGCAUGUACGGCGAUGAGGCCGCUUUGAAGGAAGAUGCAGUCAGACAUCUGUACGAUAUCUACGUUCGCAUUAACAGAGAAGCGGAAGAUCAUCCCCAAUACCACGAUCAAGCUAGAGCCUUCUUCAAGAAGAUGGAAGACGAUGAUCCCGCUGCGUUGGCGCUUUGGCAAAAGUUCCGCGACCUGAGUAUUGCAAAAUACAAGGAUACCUACGCCCGGCUCAAUGUCCACUUUGACGUGUACUCUGGCGAGAGUCAAGUCACCAAGCAAAGUAUUUCUGAGGCUUUGACACACAUCAAGACUAGCGACUACAUCGAAAAAGCGGACAAUGGAGCCUAUCUGAUUGACUUGAACCAGUACAAGCUGGACAAGACAGUCAUUGAGCGUCAAGACGGCACACCCCUCUACAUUACGAGAGAUAUCGGGGAAGCCAAACAGCGCUGGGAUACCUGGAACCAAAAGCGUGGAAGGGGAUUCGACAAGAUGAUCUACGUCGUCGCGACUCAACAAAAUCUGCACUUGGCGCAGUUCUUCAAGGUUCUGGAGCUGAUGGGCUACGACUGGGCUCAGCCUGAGCAACAGCGUUUGCUUCACAUCAACUUUGGCCUGGUGAAAGGCAUGUCCACGCGGAGAGGCACUGCUGUGUUCCUCGACCACAUCCUGGAUGAAGCGGGUGAGAACAUGCACAAUGUGAUGAAGAGCAACGAGGACAAGUACAAACUUGUCGCGGAGCCCGAAAAGACUGCAGAUGUUUUGGGAAUGACGGCUGUCAAGAUUCAAGACAUGACGGGCAAGCGUAUCAACGACUACAACUUUGACUGGAACAGAAUGCUAAGCUUCGAGGGUGAUACGGGACCCUACUUGCAGUACAAUCACACGCGACUUUGCUCGGUGGAGCGCAAAGUGCAGGAGACGGAUGGAUUGGUCUUGUCGGAUCCUUUGGACCCCAGCGCUCUUCGAUUGGAUUUGCUGUCUGAGCCAAAGGCUAGGGAUCUGAUCAUGCUUCUCGCGCAAUGGCCCGAGGUGGUCCGUAGAGCCCUCGACGACCUUCAACCCAGCACGAUUGUGCAGUACUGCUUCAAGCUUUGCCAUUCCAUCUCUAGCGCUUGGGAAGUGCUCCUUGUCAAGGGACAAGAGAGGGACUUGGCUCUCGCUAGACUGUUUGCUUACCGAUGUGCGCGUGACGUACUUAGCGCUGCUAUGCGUUUGCUUACCUUGCAACGUGAGUUCUCAUGCGCGACUCGAGCAGAGUACGUAACAAGAAUGCUGACGACCUUCCUCUACGCCCGCCAAUAGCUUUGCAGCGCAUGUAA